AAGAAAUUGUGGAUUUGGGUAAUCACGGUCAAUAAACUGCCUUGUUCACUCCACAUGAACCACGACACACAACCAGUCUGUCUGCCACGCUCCGGCUGGUUGCCUAUUUAACACACGUUGGGUCGCCCGCAUGCUCAAGCCAAGCUAAGCAGGUGCCCGCCCCUUCCACCCAUCCAUCCAUCCAUCCAUCCAUGGGAACCAUGGAGGAGAAGCCGGCCCUUGGCUUGGGGAGCCUCGUGAGCAGCCUGCGAGUGGUGUACAAGAGCGGCAGGACCAGGGAGCUGUCCUGGAGGCGGUCGCAGCUCAAGGGGCUCAUCAGGCUCCUGACGGAGAAGGAGGAGGAGAUCUUCGACGCGCUCCACGACGACCUCGGCAAGCACCGGACUGAAUCCUUCAGAGACGAGGUCGGUGUUGUCGUCAAGUCCAUCAAGCACACGCUGCAAAACCUCGAGAAAUGGGCGGCUCCUGAGAAGGCUCCUACACCGUUGGUUUCCUUUCCGGCGACGGCGUUAGUGCUGCCGGAGCCGCUCGGGGUCGUGCUGAUUUUCUCCUGCUGGAAUGUUCCAUUAGCCUUAGCUCUGGAGCCGCUCUCCGGCGCCUUAGCGGCUGGCAACGCCGUGGUUGUGAAACCCUCGGAGCUGGCGCCGUCCACCGCGGCAUUUCUCGCUGCCAACAUACCGAGAUACCUGGACGCCGAGGCUGUGAAGGUCGUCCUGGGUGCAGCGGAAGUUGGACAAGAGCUAAUGGAGCACCGAUGGGAUAAGGUCCUCUUCACCGGGGGUGCCCGUGUAGGUCGCAUUAUCAUGACAAAAGCUGCAAAGCACCUGACCCCAGUGGCGCUUGAGCUUGGCUCGAAAUGCCCGUGCAUUGUAGAUUGGCUGGACAGCAAAAGAGACAGUCAGAUUGCUGUAAAUCGCAUAAUAGGCGCGAAAUGGUCCACUUGCGCCGGUCAAGCUUGCAUAGCCAUCGAUUACAUACUUGUGGAGGAACAGUUUGCGCCGAUUCUGAUUGAGCUGCUGAAAUCAACAGUCGAGAGACUCAUCACGAAACCAGAGGACAUGGCGCGCAUUCUGAACGAGAGACAGUUCAAUAGGUUAAGUGGCCUCCUGGAGGAUCACAAGGUGAGCCGUUCCAUUGUACAUGGUGGAAACGUGGACCCAAAGACCUUGAGCAUCGAGCCCACCAUCCUGCUGAAUCCACCGCUCGACUCUGAUGUCAUGACAGAGGAGAUUUUUGGCCCGCUCCUCCCGAUCAUCACGGUGAAGAAGAUCGAGGACAGCAUCGAGUUCGUGAGCUCCAGGCCCAAACCGCUCGCGAUCUACGCAUUCAGCACGAGCGAGCCGCUGAAGCAGCGGAUCGUCAAGGAAACGUCGUCCGGGAGCGUCACCUUCAACGACGCGAUCGUGCAGUACGGGCUGGAGAGCAUCCCGUUCGGCGGCGUCGGGCAGAGCGGGUUCGGGCAGUACCACGGCAAGUACUCCUUCGAGAUGUUCAGCCACAAGAAGGCGGUGUUCAGGCGAAGCUUCCUGGUCGAGUUCAUGUUCAGGUACCCGCCGUGGAACGACGACAGCAAGCUCGGGAUGCUGCGGCACGUCUUCCGCUAUGACUACGUGUCGCUAUUCCUCGCGCUGCUCGGCCUGAGGAGGUGAACGGGGCGGAAGGAGGAAGACACUGCCGGCGAAGCUGGAGAAUCUGCAGUCGCCGCUGCGUGUAGCCAAUCAUGCUCGAUGGCUAUCCCGUGGUUUACACGGGUUGAUGAAUGUGUGUUGUACUUAAAGCAUCUGAACGACCGCGUCCCCUUCUAAAAAAUGUGUGAACCAUCAUGCGACCCUAUCAGUAUAUUGCACCGACAGUUUCAUGGUCUAAUAUAUUUCAGUUGAGUAAAUUAUACAUUGAACUGA